AUGAGCGUCUUGUCAACAGCAGCGCUCCCAGCCCUCCCAACAAGAAGAGAAGAGGGCGUAGACCUCGUCGCCCACUUUGCAGUGGAGUUAGACUCGGAGAAGGGCAUUCCACCAGGCAAAGCCCAGUCGUACAUUGCGAUAUUGGAGGACGCGUUGGAGCAAUUGGCGGUGUUGGCUGAUAUCGCCGGGGCUGGGAAUGCGGGACCGGCGGAUUCGGGGCAUGCGUAUGGGGAAAGCAAAACGGCAGAUGCAAAGGCGCUGAAAGAACAGUCAAGGCUGAACGACCGGUAUGAACAGCUUCGUUUGGAGCAAAAGAACUUGCGAAAGCUGCCUUCAAAAGGAAAGAGUGGGGCACCAGCAGGGCAGGAUGGAGGGUUUGACCAUCGGAUUUCGCAAGUGUCAAGCACUACAAAUCGAUCACAAAUCAACUCUGUGAAAAACCUGCAGAAGAUACAUCAGGAGCGGAAUGCGCUGCAAGCCUUGAUUACGAAGACCAUGCGGGAGUUGCGGGAGUUUCGGUUCGACAGUCUGAUUACCACUGUAGAGGAGGAGCAUAAGAAGCGGAAUACGUUGCAUGAGACAAUAGAGAGAGAGAGGGAAGCAUCCCAAACGCUCAAAUCCCUGCAAAAAGAGCUCAAUAACGAACGCAAACUCCUCGAGGACGAGACCAACGACCGCGACCAAGUCAUCCAGCAACUCAAAGACACGAUUCAGGAAAUCAAUAUCCUGACGAACUCCGAACAGCGCUACAUCAAAAAGGAAACCAAAGCGCAUGAGACCAGCGUGCGCCAACGGUGCCUACACGACGAAAAGCAGCUCACCGAGGAAAAAGCGAUCCUCACUAAGCGGCUGGAGCAGGAACAAAAAGCGCACGACAAGAUCGUCGAUUUCCUCACGCGGCAGAGGGAGACGCUUGAGCGGCAGAUCCAGGACUGGAUGUCCAAGUAUGAGGAGGACACAGAGUCUAAGGUGGCGGAGUUGGAGGCGUUCAAGUUGAAGCGGAGUCAGGAUCUGGAUAGGUUUGAGGAACUGUUGGCGGCUUAUGAGGAGUUGGAAAAGGUGGUUGAGGAGGAUAGGCAGAAUAAGCAGAUUGAGGCGGAGCGGAUACGGGGGGAGAAGCUUGCGGCGCAGGCGGCCACCAAGAUUCAGCGAUGGUAUAAGAGGAAGUUGGAGGCUAAGAAGGUUCGUUGGGAUCAGUUGAUUUGGUAGAAACGCCAUCCAUGAAGGUGUAGGACAAGUGAGCUAAAACG